AUGCAGUGGUAUAGAAAUAGAGUUUUAAAGGACGCCAUCAUCAGCCCCCAAGGCUCGUUUGGCGACAGCCUGAAAUGUCGAGAGUUUUGCUAUUCCCUGCCAACAUGUGGAGGCGUCUCCUACAAUGUCUCCUCCAACACCUGCUACGUCCUAUUCAAGCUAUUCGAAUUUGCUCAAUUGGACACUUCCAUGGGAGUUAAUACAUUCAUACCCAGCUUCCUACACUCCCAACCUCAACCGUUAGCAAAAAGGGUAAUUGAACAAGUGCAAUUCAAUAUCGCGAAUGAAGAGAUUUCCUUCGAAAUUCCGCUCAAUCUCUUAAUGCCCGACCAGGUAACACUUUGGCUCAAGCCACCACCUUUUGUUGUCUUUUUCGGCAUAACGCACAGCUUGUCUGAGAAUUUUUCCCUUUCAUACGUUGAUUUUGGCCAGGAUGACAACCGUUUGGAUGAGGAAAGAGUCGCCAUGUCGUGA